AUGGACGCCGGGGCGCCCGCCGCCCGCCGGGCCUGGCGGCUCUCCGAGGAGGAACUCGCGGCGCUGCUCGCCGUGGGCCGCGUCGAGGACGCGCGCCGCGCGACGGACGCGGAGCUGCGCGCGUCGGGCCUCGACGCGUCGCUCCUCCGCAAAGUCUUCGCGGGGCGCCGGCGGGAGGCGCUCGCGACGUGGCUGCGCGAGGCCCGCGGCGUCGAGGGCGCCGACGCCGCCAGGGUCCUGGAGGUCGCGGGCCGCGUCGAGGACGUGGUCCGCGCGACGCCGGCGGAGCUCGCGCGCGCGGUCGGCGCGGACCUCGCGGCGCGGCUCGCCGGCCGCGCGCGCGCCCCGCCGCCGGCGUCGGCGUCGCCGCGGGGCGUCGAGGAGGAGCGCCCGGCGAAGCGGCGGAAAAUAACGCUCGCGACGUGCGCGGACGUGCUCGGCGCCGCCGGGUCGACGCAGCGGCCGACGGACGACUCCGGCUUCCGCCGCGGCUUCGAGUCCCUGGAGCGGAAGCUGACGGAGAAGGUGCGGGUCGACGGCGACGCCGUCGUCGCGGCCGUCGCGCUGAAAUCGGGCCUCGUCCCGGACCCCGGCGCGGCCCGCGUCGAGUCGGACGCGGGCGUCGCCGAUUCCGAUUUGGUGUCAGUGAGCGGCGCGCUCUUCCGCGUGGCCUUCGACGACGCCGUGUCGCGGAGCGCGCUGCUCCGCCGCUGCGACCCGGCCGAGGCCACCGUGGAAUUCGCCGUGGAGCACCGCGGGCGGCCCGUGCUCGCGUGGCGGGUGCUGCGCGACCUCCGGCCGGGCGACGAAUUGCUCGUCGGCGACGACGACGGCGACGUCGGGUUCUGCGCGGCGUGCAGCCGGGGCGCCCACUCGGCGCACACCUGCGGCCGCGGCGCCGCGCGCGCCGCGCCGCCCCCGGCGCCGCGGCCCGUUUCAUCGCCCGCGCGGCGCUUUUCGCCCGCGGACCGCGUCACGUGGCUCUGCGCGCUCUUCCCCGGGCGGCGGGCCCCGGCGCGCGGCGCCGCCGUCAGGGUGCCGCUCUGCAUGCUGCCCGCGGGCGGCCUCGACGAGGACGGGGAGCAGGAACCCUUCCGCGCGCACGCGUGGUUGGCGCGCGCGCUCGGCGCCGGCGACGUCGCCGGCCCGCUCCUCGCGCGGCUCGAGGCGCUGCCGUGGUUCGCGGCCUGGGCGGCGCGCGCCGCGCCGGACAUCGCCCACGCGCGCGACGUCGGCGACGCGGCGCGCUACCUGCGCGACGCGCAGCGCGCGCUCGCGCGCGGCGACCGCGGCGGUGGUGCGGCGGACGUCGACAACAUCGACGGCCGCGUCCCGCCGGCCCUGCGGCGCCGCGUCGUCGCGCACUACCGCGCCAACGGCUGCGGCCUCGCGUGCGCGCUGUGCGCGCCCGCGCGCCUCGAGCGCCUGGGGCAGGUCUACGCGGCGCGCCUCGACGCGCUCGCGGCGGGCGGGGGCGGCGCGCUCGCGGACCACGCGGGCCGCUGCCCGCGCCGCGCCGCGGCCGCGCCGCCGGACCCGCGCACGCGCCUCGGCGCGCUGCUGGGCGUCGACGCGUCCGGCGACGGCGGCGCGGGGGACCUCGAGGCGCUCGCGCGGCUGCCGCAGGUCCGCGCCGCGCCGCGCUGCGCCUUCCCGGGCUGCGACGAGGCCUGCGACCUGCUCCGCCACUUCGACGCGUGCCGCGCGGAGACGUGCCGCGUCUGCGCGCCCGCGCGGCGCCGCCGCGACGAGGCGAACGACGGCGCGCGCGCGGCCGCCGCGGCCGCGGCGGCCGCGGCCGCGGCGCCGCCGCCGGCCCGCGAGCUCCGCGUCGUCGAUGGCGCGCUCCGCUGCGUCGCCGCCGCCGAGGGCCGCGCCGCCGGCCACGACGCUGCAGUCGGCCGCGGCCGCGACGCCGCCGCGCGCGGCGGCUCCGGCUCCGGCGGCCGCGGCUCCGGCGGCCGCGGCGGCUCCGGCUCCGGCGGCUCCGGCGGCUCCGGCUCCGGCUCCGGCGGCCGCGGCUCCGGCUCCGUGAAGGGGUUCGCCGGGGUCUCGCGCGUCGGACUCUCGCCCGCGACGAUGCGGGGUCUGCUGCGCCGCCGCGACGGCGAGGGCGCGCCCGCGGCGCCGCGCGACGACGGCGUCUGCGCGGACUGCGGCCGGAGCCCGGGCCGCUGCGCCUGCGACCUGCGCUUCGGCGCGAGCGCGUGCCGCGCGGCGCCCGCCGGGCCGCCCGCGGCGCCGCGGCGCGCCGCGUCGAUCCAGCGCGGCGACUCGAAGCUCCGGGCGAUGGAGGCGCGGCGCCACGAGUACGAGGAGCGCGCGCGCGCGGCGAUCUCGCCGGCGCCGCGGCCGUCGUCGCCGGAGCCGCCCGGCGCGGCGGAGCCCGCCGCCCUCGACUGCACGCCGGCCAGCGCGCGGUGGGCGUCGGAGCUCGUGUCGUCCUUCGCCGCCGGAAAGAGGGACGCGCCGCCCUACUUCCGCAACCUGCUCGCGGAGGUCUGCAGCCCGACGAACCAGGCCCAGGCGGACGAGGUUGCAUUGCCCGCGGCGCGCGGCGUCGCCGACACGCUGUUCUCGGUGCUGCCGCGCGCGGCGGAGCUCGUCGUCUGGGACCUGCUGCGCGUGGCGCUCAGCCCGAUCCUGGGCUUCGGCGGGAGCAAGGCCGAGCCCGGUCCCGACGUCCCCGUCAUGCGAUGGUACCAGGAGGCGGUCCUCGACCCGGACAGCCUCCAGGCGCGCGCCGGCCGGCCCGUGGGCUUCAAGGGCGUCGGCCGGAACCAGCACCUCAACCGCCGGCUCUACGUCGCCGCGGGCCGCGGCGACGCCGGGGCCGUCCGAAAACUCGCGAAAAGCGGCGCGGACGUCAACGCGCGGCUCUUCCAGCUCAUCAACUACCUCGACGGCUCGAACGGCCAGCCGAGCGGCCACGGCGUGCGCCUCUCGGAGUUCCGCGGGCGGUGGAUCGACCAGCGGCCCGACUGGAACGUCGCGCGGUGGGGGCGCGCGGGCGACCCGGCGGCCAUGACCUACGCGUCGCGCACGGCCCUGCACGAGGCCGCGAAGCGCGGCUGCGCGGCGACGGUCGCGGCGCUCCUCGAGCUCGGCGCGAGCCCCUACUCGCGGGGCGAGGGCCUGCGGACGCCCGCGCAGGAGGCGCUCGAGUCGCGCGCGGGCGACUUCGCCGCGUGCGCGGCCAUGCUCGCCGCGGCGGCGGGCGGGGCGGCGUGCGAAGCCGGCGAGGCCGGCGCCGCCGACGCGGCCGCCGAGGACGUCGACGCGCUCCGCGCGGAGAACGCGCGGCUCCGCGUGGAAGCCGCGGCGAGGCAGGGCGCGACGAGCGCCGCGAUGGUCGUCGGGAUCUCGCCCGUGAGCGCGAUGCAGAGCUCGAAGACGCCGUUGACCAUGUCGCGCGGGAUCGACGCCAUGAGCGCCAAGGGCCCGAAGACGAAGCAGAACGUCGUGAAGACGUGGCGCUGCUCGGGCAUCUGGAGGAGCGUGACGGGGGCGUACCAGGAGUCGGGCCCCGCGGGGAUGGCGUGGCCCUUGUCGAUGCCCUUGCCCAUGACCACGAGCGUCGUGAAGACGAUGAACGAGAGCGACAGGAGGCUGAUGGGCGUGAGCUCGCCGUAUUCCCGGAAGAAGCAGGGCGGCGCGGCGACGAGGCCGACGACGACGAACAUGAAGCCCGCGUAG